GCCACAGCGACAGACCAGGUGGUUGGAUUCGGCUUGGUUGCCUUCAGCCUCGUUCUCUUUGUUUACUACACUCUCUGGAUCAUUGUACUGCCCUUCAUCGACAGCGACCAUGGGAUCCACCAGUACUUCUUGCCUAGGGAGUAUGCGGUUAUCAUCCCCGUGGUGGCCGGGCUGCUGCUGCUGCUAUUUAUAGGCGUUUUUAUAAUGGUUGUGAUGUGGAAAAGCAGGAAACCUGCCAAGAAAUCGGACUGA